AUGUCUCCCAUCGUCGCUCGUGCCGCCAUCCGCGCCGCCGGCCGCCGCAACUUCUCCGUCAUGCGCUCCGUCCGCAACGCCAUGCGCUCCUUUGAGCCCCACCCCUUCGAGCGCCUGCCCACCACCCAGACCGCGCAGGGCGCCGACGUCGGCAAGAUGGCCAAGCGGGUCGCCGGCCAGGCCGUCAUCUACGUGCCCGGCGUCGCGCUCGUCCUCGGCUGGCCCUACCUCGCCGCCGUCGGCCUCGACGGCCACAUCUAA